CUAUUUGUAUGAGAACUGCAACAAAAUGCUUUAUCUCUUAUUGUUGCCUAUGGUUGGCACGAUUUUUAAAAGCGUUUCUGCUUUAAAAGUUGAAUAAUGGGAAAACACUUCUAAAAAUCCUAACUUUUGAAAAGCUGGAAAAAAAUGUUUUCUAUAACAUUUAAUUUUGAGUUUUUACGAAAAAUUAUUUUGGGAAUGCAAAAUUAUCCUUACUAUAUUUUAAUUUUUUUAUAGAAGAAAUCUACGUAAUUCAUUUUGACUAUAUUUUAUUUUUAAAAUUUUUCGUCAUGUUUCAUAUUAGAGAUUUUUUAGUCUUUUUUAUAUGACCCCUUAUAUUAAACAAUAUUUUUAAGAAUUUUUAAGUCAAACAUUCAACUUGUCUUUCUUAUAAUGUGUUUUUCUAGAAGUUCAAACGAGAAGCGGUUUGUUUAAAAGCGAAACUAGCCCAUUGUGUUGCUAUACUUUCCUCCGCUCUAUAUGUCGGGGCAUCGUACGGCCGAUGAUAUCAUGUACUAAAGCUGUCCAAUUUACAACCUAGGAGCCGGCGAGUCGCCUUCAACGUUGCCAUGGAUGUGACGCUUCUUGGCGAAACUCUUCAUGUAGGAAGGUAAACUGUUCUAUAUUGUGUUGACCUGUGUGUGUAUGCUGCUUGGUGAAACUUUUAGAGGCCGUUGCUUGAUUUUGUUCAUUCCUACAUUUGGCAGUCUCAUUGGAGCGGUGGCAAUAUCAAUCGGCUUCUACAUGUUGAUGUGGCCUGUGGGGAAAGGCCAAAGAAGAAGAUCACAGUGUUGUCGUUGCAAACGCAGAGCUGCAUCCCAACGAUGACAGCAACAGCAGCAGUGGUACAGAAAAGGUUCCUCUGUUAUCGCAGAACCAUGCAAACAUGUACAUGGGCCGUUUGAGUGGACGGUUUAGAUGUUAGAUAAUAUGGUACUAAGUACUAACUCCUAUGAGGUUUGUAAUAUGUUGAAAUGAUUACCACAAAUAACAUCUGACAUUUUAAACGUUUCUACCCUGUGAGUAUGACUACCUAACAAAGCCAAAAAAAGUCCUCUUCAUAUAGCUAACUACUUCAUUAGUAAUUAAGCAUCGAAUGGCGUCCAAUUGGUGCAGACGUAUACGGAUGAAAGAACUGAUCCUUACAAAUCAAGGAGAGAGAUCAAUGCGAAUCGACAUAAAUGAUAGAAAAAAGGCCUUAAUAAAAACAGCGUACUAUAACUUAGUAGUUGCAGCAGUACCAUAAACUUGCAGUUCUUGUUGUAGCAAGUAAAAACUUAAAAUGAGAGGAAGCCAGCACUUACAGAGGGAAGUGCUGACAUAUUCAGUGAUGGUGGGUACGCAAUUCUCCACAGUUGGGAUAAACACACUAUUCAAGGCGGCAACAAUGGAGGGCAUGAGCCCUUACGUCUCUGUUGCCUAUAGCUAUGGCAUCGCCUCUCUUCUCCUUCUCCUUCCUGCUAUAUUUUCCCACAGAUCAUCAUCAAGAGCUGUUGACGUUCCUCCCCUGACCAUACCAAUCUUGUGCAGAAUCGGUCUUCUGGCACUCACAGGAAGUUCGUCCCGGUUGACAGGCUUCACAGGCCUGUAUUACAGUUCCCCAACCCUGUCGUCGGCCAUUGGCAACCUCUGUCCAGCUUUGACAUUCAUACUUGCUGUCAUGUUUGGGAUGGAGAAAGUUGUGAUGGGAACAAGGUCCAGCCAGGCCAAAAUCUUGGGUACAACUGUGUCAAUAGCAGGCGCAUUUGUCAUAACACUUUACCAAGGUCCGCCAAUUUGUAUCAUCCCGUCUGGAUCAUCAUCUCGACUCGAUCAUUCUCUUGUUCAUUCCACAGCAGCACAAAACUGGGUUCUUGGUGGCAGUUUAAUCACUCUUCAGUAUGCGCUGGUUACUUUGUGGGCGUUUCUCAUGACACAGAUAAUGAGAGACUACCCUUCGGAGCUUACAGUAAUCUUCAUCUACAACACAUUUGUAAGCAUCAUAGGUGCAGUUGUUGCUCUGAUUGCCGAAGGAACAUCGUCGUGUUCUUGGAUAAUGAGCUCAAACACGGCACUAGCCUCAGUCAUUUGCACCGGAGUGUUGGGAUCGUGCUUGAACAAUGCCGCUGAAGCAUGGGUGCUGCCAAUAAAAGGACCCGUUUUUGCUAACAUGUUCACUCCGUUUGGAAUGGUGAUCGCUGUCGCCAUGGGUGUAGCGAUGCUAGGUGAUACUCUGCAUCUUGGAAGUCUCAUCGGAGGGACAGCCAUAUCCAUCGGCUUCUACAUGUUCAUGUGGGGAAAGGUGAAAGACCAAAACGAUGAUGGCGGCGCAAAAACAGAGCAGAAUGCCGAUGACCAUAGUAGUAGCAGCAAUGCAGUAAAGGUUCCUUUACUAUAAGGUAGGAAACAGAGGCAGUUUAUGG